AUGGCCUCGUCGCCAUCAUCAUCCGGGUCUACUGCCGCGGCGGUCAACCAGAAGCUGCAGUCGUCCCUCCCGAACGCCGUCUCCGAGAAGCUGCCCCACAUCCCAGAAAACAAGGAGGAACUCAAGGCUGAGAUCAAGGCCGAGGCCAAGGCAGUAACAUCGGCAGGUUUUGCCCAGCUCCGGUCCUUCGUCGCAGGCGGUUUCGGCGGCGUUUGCGCUGUCGUGGUCGGCCACCCCUUCGACUUGGUCAAGGUGCGCCUGCAGACAGCCGAGAAGGGCGUUUACUCGAGCGCCAUGGAUGUCGUCAGGAAGAGCGUGGCCAAAGACGGUCUGCGCCGGGGCUUGUACGCCGGUGUCUCCGCCCCGCUGGUGGGCGUCACCCCCAUGUGUAUGUCCAUUCCCUCCACCCCAACCAACUGGUCGGGUAGCUGCGUAGAACAGCACUAG